AUGGCCACGUUGACUCCCAUUCCUGUGAUUCUUCCACAAGACAAAGUGCCGAGCAAAACAAACGUCAGAGACAUCAUCGGCUCAUUUCUACCAGAAUGGCGAUCUGUGGACCCGGAUACCCUAACCAUGUCAUACCAUGCAUCUUUCGUCAAUGCCCACUGUCCUGUCGAGCGACCAAGGCUGGCUACUGAUGUAUCUGCCGAGCCCUUGAAGGUGUUUAUUAAAUUCCAUAAUGACACCGACGGAGACCCUGAAGUCUUCAAGUAUCUGGUACCAAGCAAACAGGAGGAAGCAAUCAUCAGCUACAAGUACGGCCAAUCCGGACUAGGAGCAAAAGUGUAUGGAUUUUUUCAAACACAGGAUGGUACACUCGGGAGAAUUGAUGAGUUCUUGGAUGCACGAAACAUGGAGCCGGAGGAUGUUGAGAAUACAAUCAUUCGAGCAGAUGUUGCUAAGGCAUUGGCAACGCUCAAUACCUUGGAGACUUCGUUGGAGAAGAAGACAGCGAAGCCAUCUUGCGAAGCCAUGAUGAACGGACUGAAGCAAUACCACAACAUGGGCAAGCUAAAGGCACUUGGGAAAGAAGGAGGUAUCAGUGUGGACAACCUGGUCGACUACGACUUUGUGACAAGGUUGAGAAAGGUUCUGAACCUGCUGGAAUCUAUGGAAGGAAAGACAGGUUGGUGCAUGCACGACGUUCAAUUCAUGAACGUUAUGGUGAAAAAUCAUCCGAAGGAAGAAGAAAGUAGAGUGGCCUUGAUUGACUUUGAGUUCGUGAUGCCAAACUACCGUGCCUUGGAUAUUGGCGGGCACUUUAUGCAGAAAAUGUUCAAGUGGUUUGACGAGGAGAGCAAGAUUGCGAAUUGCAGGAAGUAUACCGUGGAAGAGAAGAGACACUUCUGCCAGGAAUAUGCCGCACAGUGGAACAUACUGACCGGUGACUCGGAUACCGGGGACCAAGUGCUUUUGGAAAGCGAGUACGGAUACUUGUUGGCCCUUGCUUUUGAUAUUCAUAUGAUGCUGUGGUUCAUGAGCGAAGAAAACGAUAAGGAUCCGUUGAAUCUUCUUGGACUUAACAAGCUGUUCGAAGAGUUUGUGGAUCAGUAUGUUAAACUUGGGCUGGAAAAACCAUAG